AUGUCCUUCCUCUCAUCCUGCUUCUCCCGCCGCCGCAAGCUCGACGAUGAUCGCGAGCCCCUCCUCCCCCAGUAUGCCGAUGACACGGAGCUACAACGGAAGCUCCAUCAGAAGCUGCACACGUACCAACAAAUAAGAGCAAUGGGGAAAGGCUUCAUGCCCAGUACCGAGCAAGUCAUCAUCAACCUGCGCACCUUGUUAUCCAGCGACGUCCUCGAUCAAGACAACCCCGAGCUCUCCGAGAGCGGAAGGCUGCUGGUUCGCUACACUAGACAAUGGAUACAGAACUUCACCGACUUGCUGCGCAACAAGAACGAUCGCGAUCAGAUCCAAGAUCUCAUCUGGUUCCUCAGCAAGAGCCGCAUCAGCGUGGACACUUCCAAUGUCGCCGCACGCGCAAAGGCGAGCAAGGGCAAGGCCGACGUUUGGGCUGCAUACCAAAGCAUCAAGACUGUGGGGAGCUUGAUGGUGAUGAACGAAGACUUCCGAACUUUCCUCGCCGAUCUAAAUGUCGUGGGCAGAGAGGUGUUCAGAGACUCGGCGUUCAAGUUGUCAGAAGUUGCAAAUGAGACGGGCAAACAGCUAGACCCAUCCGAGAAGGACAAGCAGCUCGUUGCGCAGCCUGGCCAAGACAAGGCCAUUGGCGUCCCCUCCGGCCAGGAGCUUGGAGAGGAGGUGCAAGACGUCGCCAAGGUCGUUGCAGAUGGAUCCGCACAGGUCGCCAUAGCCGCGAAAGAGAGUGCCGAGGACAAGCUGUCCGGCGACGAAGGCCAGACGCUAUUGAAUCGCCUGAAGCAGACCAUCUUGAGUCUGAGACAGCGCCCUGACUACUCGAAAUCCGUCUCCACAUUAUCCUUGUUGAUUCAACGGUACGCAAAGGUCUACUCUCGGGUGGCGGAAGAGACGAUCGACGCUGCUGCAGAAAACACGCACCAGAAUGCCGCUCUAGACCGAGCGAUGCAUAAUGCAUGGCUCUUCCUGACCAGCUUUGGCGACGAAGAGGACUGGAAGAAGUGUGAGGAGUUGUGGGCCAAGGUGAUGGAACACAAAGACAGCGACCCCGAGUUUGAGCAGAUCAUGGUCGAUGUGGGCAACUCCGUGCAGAAGAUGCUCACCGAUCCGGACUUCCUCGACAAUGCGCCGGCCAAGAUUGACGAACUGCGACAGAAGAGUAAAGAAAUGGGCACCGGCACCAGUCUGCAUGCCGAUGUGGAGGCUCUGCUUCGACAAGUGGACCUUACUUUCCGGGGCGUGGUGCAAGAUGAAGACAUUCACAAGCUCCUGCAGUCCACCAUGAAAUUGUUCCAAAUCCUCUCGCCCGUGAAGCAGACGACGAACCCGGAAUUGAUUCAAGAUGCCGUUCACACGUUUGUGCCGCUGCUCAUCAACGCGAUUCAAUACCUGCCCAUCCCACGCCUGGAAGUCUCGACGCCGGCAAUCGACUUGCUUCUCGAGAACCUCAUAAUCGAGCCGGGCACCACCGUCCGCCACACCUCCUUCUUACCAUACCGACUGAAGGUCGAGACGUACAACGACGUCGACAUCUACCGCACCCACACCCUCCGCACCGCAACAACAAGCAAGCAUCUCGUGACCAUCAAGCUCGACGGUCUGAGCCUGCGAGCGGAGGAAGUAGGCUUCUGGCUGCGCCUGCACAGCGGCAUCGCACGCUUCGGAGACGAAGGCAUCGCCAGCUUCGCCCUCGACGAGCGCGGCAUCGACAUCCACGUCGACGUGGAAAUCGCGCAGGAGCGACUCGAGCAAAUCCUCACGCUCAAAGCGGUGCGCGUGCACAUCCACAAGCUCAACUUCACCCUGCGCCAGAGCAAGUUCUCCUGGCUCGGCUUCCUGCUCAAACCCCUGCUGCGCCCGAUUCUGCGCAAAACGCUGGAGUCGCAGCUCGCCACCGCCAUUGCCGACUUCUUCCACGCCGCGAAUCGCGAGAUCUUGUACGCGCGCGAGCGCCUGCGCGCCACGCGCAUCUCCGAGCCGCAGGAUAUGCUUACGUUCUUCAAGGCUGUGGCGGCGAGAUUGACGCCACCCGAGGACCCGGAUGUGUACACGCGGGUGGGAAUUGCGCAGCCUGGGAAAGGUGUGUUCAAGGGCGUGUAUGCGCCGGGCAGUAUUGUCAAGGUGUGGAAUGAAGAAGGAGCGCGGGCUGGGGAGAGGGUGGAGGAGUUUGAUGCGGGUGGGUGGAGGAAUGAGGUUUUUGAUACGCAUGUCACGGUUUUGACGUAA